UCCCAGCGCGCGCGCGCGGCGGCCCCAGGUACGCGGACAAGAUGGCGGCGGCAGCGGUCGACAGCGCGAUGGAGGUGGUGCCGGCGCUGGCGGAGGAGGCCGCGCCCGAGGCGGCGGGCCUCAGCUGCCUGGUCAACCUGCCGGGCGAGGUGCUGGAGUACAUCCUGUGCAGCGGCUCGCUGUCGGCCUGCGACAUCGGCCGCGUCUCCAGCACCUGCCGGCGGCUGCGCGAGGUGUGCCAGAGCAGCGGGAAGGUGUGGAAGGAGCAGUUCCGGGUGAGGUGGCCUUCCCUUAUGAAACACUACAGCCCCACCGACUACGUCAAUUGGUUGGAGGAAUAUAAAGUUCGGCAAAAAGCUGGGUUAGAAGCCCGGAAGAUUGUAGCCUCGUUCUCCAAGAGGUUCUUUUCAGAGCACGUUCCUUGUAAUGGCUUCAGUGACAUUGAGAACCUUGAGGGACCAGAGAUAUUUUUUGAGGAUGAACUGGUGUGCAUUCUAAAUAUGGAAGGACGAAAAGCUUUGACCUGGAAAUACUACGCCAAAAAAAUUCUUUACUACCUACGGCAACAGAAAAUUUUAAAUAACCUCAAGGCUUUUCUUCAGCAGCCUGAUGAUUAUGAGUCGUAUCUUGAAGGUGCCGUGUACAUCGACCAGUACUGCAACCCUCUCUCAGACAUCAGCCUCAAAGACAUCCAGGCCCAGAUCGACAGCAUCGUAGAGCUUGUUUGCAAAACCCUCCGGGGCAUAAACAGCCGCCAUCCAAGCUUGGCCUUCAAGGCAGGUGACUCCUCCAUGAUAAUGGAAAUAGAACUUCAGAGCCAGGUGCUGGAUGCCAUGAAUUAUGUCCUUUAUGACCAGCUGAAAUUCAAGGGGAACCGAAUGGAUUAUUACAAUGCACUCAACUUAUACAUGCACCAGGUUUUGAUCCGUAGAACAGGAAUCCCAAUCAGCAUGUCUCUGCUCUAUUUGACAAUUGCUCGGCAGUUGGGAGUCCCACUGGAGCCUGUCAACUUCCCAAGUCACUUCUUAUUAAGGUGGUGCCAAGGCGCAGAAGGGGCGACCCUGGACAUCUUUGACUACAUCUACAUAGAUGCUUUUGGGAAAGGCAAACAGCUAACAGUGAAAGAAUGUGAAUACCUGAUUGGCCAGCAUGUGACUGCAGCGCUCUAUGGGGUGGUCAACGUCAAGAAGGUGUUACAGCGAAUGGUGGGAAACCUGUUGAGCCUGGGGAAGCGGGAAGGCAUCGACCAGUCCUACCAGCUCCUGAGAGACUCGUUGGAUCUGUAUCUGGCAAUGUACCCGGACCAGGUGCAGCUUCUGCUUCUUCAAGCCAGACUCUACUUUCACCUGGGAAUCUGGCCAGAGAAGUCUUUCUGUCUUGUCUUGAAGGUGCUUGACAUCCUCCAGCACAUCCAGACCCUCGACCCCGGGCAGCACGGGGCGGUGGGCUAUCUGGUGCAGCACACGCUCGAGCACAUCGAGCGCAAAAAGGAGGAGGUAGGCGUGGAGGUCAAGCUGCGCUCUGACGAGAAGCACAGGGAUGUCUGCUACUCCAUUGGGCUCAUUAUGAAGCAUAAGAGGUAUGGCUAUAACUGUGUGAUCUACGGCUGGGACCCCACCUGCAUGAUGGGACACGAAUGGAUCCGAAACAUGAAUGUGCACAGCCUGCCUCACGGCCAUCACCAGCCCUUCUACAACGUGCUGGUGGAGGAUGGCUCCUGUCGAUACGCAGCCCAAGAAAAUCUGGAAUACAACGUGGAGCCUCAGGAGAUCUCUCACCCCGACGUGGGGCGCUACUUCUCGGAGUUCACGGGCACUCACUACAUCCCCAACGCGGAGCUGGAGAUCCGGUACCCUGAGGAUCUGGAGUUUGUCUAUGAAACGGUGCAGAAUAUUUACAGUGCAAAGAAAGAGAGCAUAGAUGAGUAGAGUCCAGAGGACAUCGUGCCUUUGCCGCUGCUGCUAUCUCCCAAGAGAACAGGGUUCCGGCGGAGACUCUCCAGGAGCCCUCUGGACUCACUGUCAGCAAAGCCACUGCACCAGUGGGCUGGUCACCUCCUCCCCAGUUGAAUGACGUGUGCUCUCCGCCAGCUGCAAAGACAAUGUCGCUCUCCGCCUACACUAGUGAAUUAACUCGAAAGGCACUGUGUUCAGUGGCAUGGCUUGUAUGCUUGUCCUGUGGUGACGUUCGUGACAUUCUGUCCUCAUGAAGUCUCACAGCCAACACCUGUUCUUUUUAUCCACUGCCAUCCUCUGUCUGUCUCCAUGUCUCAGAACAUUUCACUCGCUGGGCAGAUGGGCUUGUCCAUUUGCAGUAAUUUCUUUCUGAUGUCUCCGUGGGACGUGUGCGGUCUUGAGUCAGGCUUGUCUGUCUGUUACCCUGAAUUUCCUGGCGUAUUCAGAGGUAAAGUCGUUCGCUGUCUUGGCAGCACCUUGGAGAUGGAGACGUCAACAAGCAAAUGGUAAUUAGAAUCUUUAGAACUUUAUUUUCUUGCUGAUACAUGAAACACAGAUUUUAAGUGUUUGUCUCUCUCUCUUUUUUUUUAAUUUAAAUUGGGAGAAUAACAGUUUUCCCUUCCAAAUUCCUCUCGGAAUUAUGCACAUUUCUAUAAAUCAUGAGUUUUCUAUUUUAUUACAUAAGAUUCUUUAGGAAAUGCAUAAUAAUGGCUUUCGUGGAUUUUUCCACAUUCAUCUUCUGUUUCUUUAAAAUGACUACUUUAUUUUUAAUCUUAAAAAAUCUGCUCCAGUAUCAUGAGUAGGUCUUAAAUCAGUGAUGGGUUCUUUUUUUUUGUAGUGAGCCACACAGAUCUGAUGUUGAAAUAGUCUCUCUCAUAAAUUGUACUCUCUGGUCUCCAAAGACCAAAAAGUGGGGUUCCACUUUUCUAAUCGAAAAGAAAGAACUAAUGAACCUUAAUUUUCUUUUUAAAGAAGGAGGGAUUCCACGCCCUUGUCAUUCCUUAGAGUCACUUCCAGACCCUUUGAAUGUGGUGGGGUAGAAAGAAGUCAGUGUCUUUCAUGUGAAGCGUGUUGGCUGGUGGGGAAAAAAGGGGUGUGUGUGAUCUGGCUUCUCGGGCCAUCGGUGCCCUGAAGCACCAGGACGAAGCCUGUGUCCUAGUCACUUGGGAAAGCCUGGUCCUGCUCGGGCUGCCUGGCUCCUUUUCCAUGUUCUUAACUGAGCUGAAGGGACCGAGUCUGCAGCUCUGGAGUUGCCGCCACUCGCCACCUGCCAGUUCUCAAGUGAGCUAGCUUGUGAUUAGCCAUAGAGCUCACUCCUGGAGUUAGGACUUAGUUACUUUGCGCUCUGCGUUUAAAAUGCAUAAUCCAUUUGCUGUAGCCAGCGAGGCUUUAGGAGGCCGCAGUCCAGCCAGCCUCGCCACGUGUCUGCCAUUUGCAUGCAGUAUUCUCACCGCGUUGAAUGACUGCUUCUUGUUUACCCUUUGGAAACCCUGGGAUGACCAAGGUUCGGGGAACCCACCUGAGACCACUUCCUAACAAGUGAAGGCCACUAGGCGGUUACUGGAAGGAGAUGGGGACUUGGCCGGCCGGCUCCUUCCGCCUGAAGUAGCUGCCACCCAGUGUCUGUGUUCCUCAUCAGUCAAAUCCAAAGUCAGGUGAUUUGAACUUGCAUUUGAAAAUGUGACCACUCACAACACCUAUCCUGCCUGAGGUGGCGGGAUUUCACACUACUCUCGCUUAAGGGUAAAAAUUAGAUAAUAUGGAAUUAACGUUAAUGAGAUGCAUUACUAAGAAACCUUGGAGCAUGCUGAGUUAUAACUGUUGGUUUUUCGGUUUGAUUUCCUUUUUUCUUAGAGUAACAUCAAAGCCAAGAAAGAUGGUUUUACCUUUACUGACCCAACUGUAAAUAUGUAUCUAGACUGUUUUUAAAUGUGUUUCCUCAUGAAUGCUUCAUUUGGCUCCAGGAAGCCUGUAUCACCUGUGUAAGUUGGUAUUUGGGCACUUUAUAUUUUUCUAAAAACGUGUUUUGGAUCCUGUACUCUAAUAAAUCAUAAGUUUCUUUUUAAAAA